UCCACUUUUAAAGAAAUUCCCGUGGUGAUUAUGUCUUCUGAAAAUGUUUUGCCACGUAUAGACAGAUGUUUGGAAGAAGGUGCAAAGGAUUUUAUAAUAAAGCCAGUGAAGUUAUGUGAUGUGAAACGAUUGAAGGGUUACAUGGCAACAAGGGAGGUUGGAGUAGCAAUCAACAACAAACCGAAGCUAGAAGAAGCAUGUAAACACUCAUUAUCACCACCGUCCAUUUCAUCAUCAUCUUCACCUUCACCUUCAUCAUCUCCAUUGUCUGUAUCCAGCGUGAUUGAUUCUCCAAUCAGACGGUUUAAAAUGACCGACACCGAAUGACUAUUUAGGUUGUCAUCUAGAAUACUAUAGUACUUUUUUCUUUCCAUUUCAAACAAUAACUUGUGUAUCUCUUUCGAUGCUCGAACAAUAAUUAUA